AUGAGUGCUAUUCCUGACUUCGGGGCUUCGAUUCCGAAAAAAUUCAAGUCUGCUUCGAUGGGUGAUAUCCCCGCAUUGGAUAUGAAAGCUUUGUUUAGAAUGGUUGUGCUCGGUCCAAGCUUUUCAGGAAAGAACAAUCUUUGUAUGUUUAUUCUCAAGCAUUCUCCUCACGUAUUUGCUCAUCUAACUAUCAUUGCUCGUAAUCCCCAUCAGGAGCUUUAUGAGUAUCUCCGGGAAAAGUUGGAAGGAUUCAUCACAUUUGCUGACCCAGAUAGCCCUCCUAAAGUAGAUCAGGUGCGUCAUACUCCAUUAAGCUCUAACAAACCGGAGCUUGUUAUCAUUGAUGACUAUAGCAAUGAUAAACUACUUCAGAAGAAUAUCUUCUCUCAUUACUAUACACGUGGGCGACACUUUAAACUCUCAACCAUAUUCCUAAGCCACAGCUACUUUGCUACUGAUAAGAUGAUUCGGUUGAAUUCAGAGUACGUAGCGAUUCUAAAAGCGAAUUCGAAGCGUGAUUUACAGAUGGUUGUAAAGGAUUUUAACAUCAAAGGCGUUGAUGAACGAUCAAUCGUCUAUUACUACAAUAAAGCCACGGAGCGCAAAGGACAGAUGCUGUUCGUGGAUUCAGUCAAAGGUCAAAUCAGAUACAACUUUGAUCGACCGAUAGAUAUUGAGCAAUAA